AAAGCGCUUGUCAUCAGAACUGAAAUUGGCGACAGAAAAGGAGAGGCGACUGACUACGGAAACCUAGGUACUGUGUUUGAGUUGCUCAACCAAUACGACAAGGCUAAAGAGUAUCUCCAAAAAGCGCUUGUCAUCACAACUGAAAUUGGCGACAGAAAUGGGGAAGCAUCAUGUUAUGGAAACCUAGGUGCUGUGUUUCUGUCGCUCAACCAAUACGACGAGGCUAAAGAGUAUCUCCAAAAAGCGCUUGUCAUCAGAACUGAAAUUGGCGACAGAAGAGGAGAAGCGACUGACUACGGAAACCUAGGUAAUUUGUUUGAGUCGACUGGGCAAUACGACAAGGCUAGAGAGUAUCUUCAGAAAGCGCUUGACAUCACAACUGAAAUUGGCGACAGAGAUGGGGAAGCAUCAUGUUAUGGAAACCUAGGUAAUUUGUUUAAUUCGAUCACCCAAUACGAUGAGGCUAAAGAGUAUCUCCAAAAAGCGCUUGUCAUCAGAACUGAAAUUGGCGACAGAGGAGGAGAAGCGACUGACUACGGAAACCUAGGUAAUUUGUUUGGGUCGAUUGGGCAAUACGACAAGGCUAAAAAGUAUCACCAAAAAGCGCUUGUCAUCAAUACUCAGAUUGGCGACAGAAAAGGGAAAGCAUCAUGUUACGGAAACCUAGGUAAUGUGUUUCUGUCGCUCGGGCAAUACGAUGAAGCUAGAGAACAUUUCCAAGAAGCACUUGCCAUCACAACUGAAAUUGGCGAUAAGGCGGGGGAAGCAGCAGAUCUUUCAAACCUUGGAAGUUUGUCUCUAACUGUUGGAGAUUAUGAAGCUUCAAAAGUAUGGUUGGAGAAAGCUUUAUUCAUAUCAAGAGAUAUUGGAGAUCGAGGGAGAGAGUUCGAAAUCCUUAAAGAUUAUGCCCUUUUGUAUUUAUGUCAAAAUGAAAUCAAAGACGCCCUUUCGUUUCUUCAUCUAUGCAUUGAAAAGUAUGAUAAGCUGAGAUAUUUCUUGGGCGCCAGUGAUCGGUUCAAAACAUCAUUUCUGGAGCACUCAGGAAUAUUUCCUUACAAGCUGCUUAGUACUCUGCUUUGUGACACCGGAAAUGCUCGGAAUGCUCUGUAUGUUGAGGAGUUGGGUCGAGCUAGAGGCCUAUCAGACUUGAUGGCAGAGAAGUAUUCGGUUGAAACGCACAUCUCUGCUAAUCCACAGUCUUGGUCUGGCAUUGAGAACAUUUUAAGAAAGAAAAAUAACUGUACUUGUCUGUACAUUUCUUAUUUUAGGAAUCAUCUGCAUUUGUGGAUCUUGAAAACAACUGGAGUCCUUCACUGUAGAAAAAUAUCACCAAAAGAGAAUCUAGUUCAGGCUGGGUUGCCCAAAGAUUUGUCUUUGAGUCAAUUUUUGGAUGAUAAUUUCCGGAGUCUUGGUAUUUUGCCCACCAAAGAUUGUGAAGAUCGGUCUUUAAAUACGAUUAAAUUGCAACCUCUCUCCCCCGCACAAAAGAGCUCAGCAAGAUUGCGACUCCUGGAGGAGGACGAGGACAAGGACAAGGACAAGGACAAGGAAGUCAUUUCAAGUCUAUCUUUGUGUUACAAAAUGUUUAUUGCUCCCGUUUAUGAUUUGCUUGAGGAGCCUGAAGUCAUCAUCGUUCCUGACCGCAGAUUGUACAAAGUUCCCUUUGCUGCACUGAGUGAAAAGGAGGGAGCCGAAUACCUCUCGGAGACUCAUAGGAUCCGUGUCAUUCCAUCUUUGACAACACUCAAGAUGAUUCAAGAUAGUCCAGAGGACUAUCACAGCAACACUGGUGCCUUGAUAAUAGGCAAUCCCAAGGUUUAUUGGCUGCCGCCAUUGCCAGGUGCAAGAAAGGAAGCGGAGAUGGUCGGACGGCUAUUGGGUGUUCCGCCUCUGGUUGAAGAGGAAGCAACGAAGCAGGCGGUACUUGAGCGGAUAAGUUCAGUGAGCCUGAUACAUUUUGCUGCCCAUGGUAGUGCCGAAAGAGGAGAAAUUGCCCUCUCCUCCAUUCCUACUCCCAAUAAUCAAAACGCUAUCCCACCCCCGGAAGCCCACAUGUUGACGAUGGCUGAUGUCUCACGAGUGAAAGUUAGAGCUAAACUGGACAAGGCUAAAGAGUAUCUCCAAAAAGCGCUUGCCAUCAAAACGGCGAUUGGCGACAGAAAAGGAGAAGAAACAUGUUAUGGAAACCUAGGUAGUGUGUUCUAGUCACUCGGGCAAUACGACAAGGCUAAAGAGUAUUACCAAAAAGUGCUUGUUAUCUCAACUGAAAUUAGCGACAUAGGAGGAGAAGGAUCAUGUUAUGGAAAUCUAGGUGCUGUGUUCAAGUCGCUCGGGCAAUACGACAUGGCUAUAGAAUGGCUGCAUGUGUUUACCGUCUCAUACGGCACCACACCUCUACUUCAGCAUAACGUAAUAAGAGAAGCGUUGAGUUCCAAAUGGAAAUUAAAAUAAUUUGCCGUCGCGGUUUCGGUUCGCAGACGACGCAAGUUGUGGUGAUUUCAUGUUGUUGUUUUGCAUAGG